GGCGGACGUGAGUUCGUGCCGGCGUCAGAGAUACGAAGCUCGUGGCGCUCAGGUAUGAGGGAGCAGGUAGAGACAUAUAGAAGGACGGCCACCUUCAAUACGGAGUGUGGGAGGAAGCAGAACUAGCACUAUGAUCAACUUGUAAUCAUAUCCAAAAUCGCUAUCUCCAUUAUCAUUAUAUCACUACAGCAACUCUCUAUAAUUACAGACACUGUUUUGUUGCCAUGUCGCUCCUCAAAAGGUACCUUGGGCUCGCCGGUGCUGCUCCCGCCCAAGACCCCAAAGCCCCCGUCAGGGCACUACCAGCAUCAUGGUACACGUCCCAGGAUAUGUACGAGCUUGAGCGCCGUGCAAUCUUCUCCAGAAAGUGGCUCCUCACAACGCACAAGUCUCGACUUCCCAACCCUGGAGAUUGGGUCAAGUACGAUGUGGCGGGCUACUCCUUCAUUGUGGUCCAGGACCGCAAGGGCAAGAUCAACGCUUUCCACAAUGUUUGCCGACACCGGGCCUUCCCUGUGGUCACGAGCACCCACGGCAACAGCUUCAUCUUCUCGUGCAAGUACCACGGAUGGUCCUAUGGUCUUAGCGGAAACCUCGCCAAGGCCCCGGGGUACCAGGACCUCGAGGGGUUCGACAAGUCCAAGAAUGGCCUGUUUCCCAUCCACGUGCAUCUCGACAAGAAUGGAUUCAUCUGGCUGAAUUUGGAUGCGGGCGAGACACCCGAGAUUCCGUGGGGUGAAGACUUUGAAGGAGUCGACGAGCAGCAGAGGUUCGAGCACUACAAUUUCGAAGACUACGUGUACGACCACACGUGGGAGAUGGAGGGUGAAUACAACUGGAAGAUCCUGGCAGACAACUACAACGAGUGCUACCACUGCCCUCAAGCACACCCCGACAUCCCGUCAAUCGCAGAUCUCAACUCCUACUACGUUCAGACGAAGGCCUCCCACAUCCAGCACUUCGGCCAGCCCACCGAGGAACAGAUCGCGAAGGGCUUUCGUGUGGCGGCAACGUACUUCUGGCCCAACGCAUCCAUGAAUGUUUCACCGCACUUCUUCUUUAUCCAACGCUUCAUGCCCAGCGGCCCCACCAAGUCCGUCAUGAAGUAUGAAGUAUUCCGGAACAAGAAUUCGAGCGACGAGGAUUUUGGCGUGAUCAACGACAUGUACAAGCGAAUCAUGUCCGAGGACAAGUAUCUCUGUCUCAACUCACAGAAGAACCUUAACGCCGGCAUCUUUGUCAACGGCGAGCUUCACCCCGAGCUAGAAAAGGGACCACUAUUCUUCCAGAGGACUGUUCGUGAGGUCAUGACAGCACACUUUGAGAAGGAGCAGCUUCUUGGCGAAGAAAUCUGGCCCGCUCAGCAGCGUGUGCCCAAGUCGGCGACAGCCAGUCAGGCCGACACCAACUUUUGUUCGGCAGUCGACUGUUGCAGGAAGACCAAGAUUACCGAGAAGAAGCAAACCAUGGCUGAGGCGCUUGCAUUUUAGAGACGGCUGAGAUGCGCAUCGAUCUUUGCCGCUAGCGGGAGUAGAUCACCUACACUUCGAUGACUUUUAUGGCGAUGAUUUGGGACUUUAGGAUUUUACGCAAAUUGCCAACAUUUAUUAGCGUUCAUAGCAUGCAACCUUGGGAAUGAUGAACUAUCUACACAAGCU